AUGUACACCAUUCCAGAGCUUUCAGAGCUUUCAGAGUCUCCAGAGUCUCCAGAGCUUCCACAGCUUUCAGAAAUAACCCACGAAUACAACAGCGCCCAUCACCAAACAAAUCCUACAUUUGCUGAACAGGGACAUCCAAAAGAUGCACCCGAGAUAAGCAAACGUGCUUUCAAACAGUACGUCAAUCUCCAACUCAUCAAAUCAUGUGCACUCCUCGAAAUUUCCGAGCUUGAUCAAGCUCUAGGACAUGUGGAGGAAGCUUUAUUUAUUGCAGAAGACAAGAACCUUUUCUAUGAAAUUAGUAAAUGUCAUUUGUAUCGAGGAUUGUGUUUUAUAGAGAUGAAGAGGUGGAGGGAAGCAAAGAUUGCGCUGGUAAGGGGCGUGAAUGUUAGGGGUUGGGGGGGAAGAGUGGAGGAGUUGAUGAGGGAGGUUCAGAUGCGUAUUGACGAGGAUAAAAGGGGACGAAAUCAGGAGGCUUAG